AUGUCUUUCACAAAGAAAAAUGUCAGUUUGGCACAAGGUCCAGACCCAAGAAGCUCAAUCCAAACUGAAAGAGCCAACUCCAAAUUUAACCCUGAAAAGAUGAACUACUUUUUGGAAGGUUCUAAAGAGAGAUCUGAAUUGUUCAAAGGUUUGGCCCAACAAAUGGAAAGAGACCCUGUCUUAUUCACUGAUGGUUCUUACUACGACUUAACCAAAGACCAACAAAGAGAAUUAACCGCUGUGAAAAUCAACAGAUUAGCUAGAUACAGAGAAACUGACUCUAUUGACACAUUCAACAAGCGAUUAUCAUUGGUUGGUGUUUUCGACCCACAAGUCGGUACCAGAAUUGGUGUUAACUUGGGUUUAUUCCUUUCUUGUAUUAGAGGUAACGGUACUGCUGAACAAUUAAAAUACUGGGCUUUUGAUAAGGAAACUUCUAAUAUCAAAGGUAUUUACGGUUGUUUUGGUAUGACUGAAUUGGCCCACGGUUCCAAUGUUGCUGGUUUAGAAACCACUGCUACUUUUGACAAAGAAAAUGAUGAAUUUGUUAUUAAUACUCCACACGUUGGUGCCACCAAAUGGUGGAUUGGUGGUGCUGCCCACUCUGCUACUCAUUGUUCUGUUUAUGCCAGAUUAAUUGUUGAUGGUGAAGAUUAUGGUGUCAAAACUUUUGUUGUCCCAUUGAGAGACUCCAACCACGACCUUAUGCCAGGUGUCACUGUUGGUGAUAUUGGUGCCAAGAUGGGUAGAGACGGUAUUGACAAUGGUUGGAUUCAAUUCUCCAAUGUCAGAAUCCCAAGAUUCUUUAUGUUGCAAAAGUUCUGUAAAGUUUCUGCUGACGGUGAAGUUGUCUUGCCUCCAUUAGAACAAUUGUCGUAUUCUGCUUUAUUAGGUGGUAGAGUUAUGAUGGUUUUGGACUCCUAUAGAAUGUUAGCAAGAAUGUCCACCAUUGCCUUGAGAUAUGCUAUUGGUAGAAGACAAUUCAAAGGUGACAAUGUUGACCAAAAUGAUCCAAAUGCUUUGGAAACUCAAUUAAUAGAUUACCCAUUACACCAAAAGAGAUUAUUCCCAUACUUGGCUGCUGCUUAUGUUAUUUCUGCUGGUGCCCUUAAAAUUGAACAUACUAUUGAAACCACUUUGGAAGAAUUGGAUCAAGCUGUCGCCAAAGGAGAUCAACGUGCCAUUUUCAAAUCUAUUGAUGACAUGAAAUCCUUGUUUGUUGAUUCAGGUUCAUUGAAAUCUACUGCUACUUGGUUGGCAGCUGAAGCUAUUGACCAAUGUAGACAAGCUUGUGGUGGUCACGGUUACUCGUCAUACAAUGGUUUCGGUAAAGCUUACAAUGACUGGGUUGUCCAAUGUACUUGGGAAGGUGACAACAAUGUCUUGGGUAUGAGUGUUGGUAAACCAAUUGUCAGAGAAGUUAUCAAUCUUGAGGAUAAAGGCAAGAAAGUUAGAGGCUCUACUGCUUUCUUGAAUCAAUUAAAAGAAUACACUGGUUCCAACAGUUCGAAGGUUGUGUUGGAUAGUGUUGCUGACUUGGAUGAUGUCAACAAGGUUAUCAAGGCCAUUGAAGUUGCUAUCAUCAGAUUAGCCCAAGAAGCUGCAACUACUGUCAGAAAGGAAUCUUUGGAUUUCGUUGGUGCUGAGUUGGUUCAACUUUCUAAAUUGAAAGCUCACCAUUACCUGUUGACUGAAUACGUUAGAAGAGUUAACGAAUUCGACCAAAAAGAUUUGGUUCCAUAUUUGCUCACCAUUGCUAAAUUAUACGGUGCUACUGUUGUUUUGGACAAGUUUGCUGGUGUUUUCUUAACUUUCAAUGUUGCUUCUACUAAAGCCAUCACUGACUUGGCUUCUGUUCAAAUUCCAAAAUUAUGUGCUGAAGUUAGACCAAACGUUGUUGCUUACACUGAUUCCUUCCAACAAUCCGAUAUGAUUGUCAACUCUGCUAUUGGUAGAUAUGAUGGUGAUAUCUAUGAAAAUUACUUUGACUUGGUCAAGGCCCAAAACCCACCAUCAAAGACUAAAGCUCCAUACUCUGCUGCUUUAGAAGCUAUGUUGAACAGACCAUCUUUGGAAGCCAGAGAAAGAUUUGAAAAGACUGAUGAAACUGCUGAAAUUUUAUCCAAAUAA